GCUGUGCCUUGCGGACAGCACACACUCCUGAGCUGCGAGGCUGAGAGGCGGCUUGACUGCUCUGCUCGGGUGCCGCGUCCUUCUCUGGAGUCCAUUGCAGAUCUCGCUAGUCUUCGCUCUUUGGCUUGACUCGGUGCUUGAGAGAGCCGUUUGUCUCCGGCUUGUGUAGACUCUUCCUGGAAGUGAAGUUGUGGAACCCUGACCUCCAGUCCUGCCUGUCCCAACCUCAGGGUUUGGGCGUGAUCACUAAUGGGCAAGGGGUUUGGGCUCCUGAGGAAAACCUGCCAGUCAGUUGUGGCUGAGCCUCAGCAGUAUUCCGCACUGGGGGAAGAGACGAGCAUGAAGAGGAAGAGAGUGCCCUCUAGAGAACUCGGCAGCGCCUGGGACCGCCCUCAUGGUCUGGUUGGUUUACACAACAUCGGACAGACGUGUUGCCUCAACUCCUUGAUUCAGGUGUUCAUGAUGAACAUGGACUUCAGAAUGAUAUUGAAGAGGAUAACAGUGCCACGAGGGGCGGAAGAGCAGAAGAGAAGUGUCCCCUUCCAGCUGCUUCUGCUGCUGGAGAAGAUGCAGGACAGCCGACAGAAAGCAGUGCUGCCCACGGAGCUUGUUCAGUGCCUCCAGAAAUACAACGUGCCCUUGUUUGUCCAGCACGAUGCUGCUCACCUCUACCUUACAAUCUGGAACCUGACUAAGGACCAGAUCACGGACAUAGACUUGGCAGAGCGGCUGCAGAGUCUGUUCACAAUCUGGACGCGGGAGUCCUUGAUUUGCGUGGGCUGUGCAGCGGAGAGCAACAGGAACAGCAAGCUGCUCACUCUCUCUCUUCCUCUUUUUGAUAUGGACUCAAAGCCUCUGAAAUCACUGGAGGAUGCCUUGAGAUGUUUCUUCCAGCCCAGAGAGUUAGAAAGCUCAGACAAGUGCUUCUGUGAGAGCUGCGGGAAGAAGACGCCCUGGAAACAGGUUCUGAAGCUGACCCAUUUGCCCCAAACCUUGACCAUUCACCUCAUGAGAUUCUCUGUCAGGAACUCAAGGACGGAAAAGGUCUGCCACUCAGUGCAUUUCCCUCAGAGCUUGGAUUUCAGUCAGGUUCUGCCAUCUGAGAAAGAUCUUGGCGAUACCAAGGAACAGUCUGACAUACACUACGAACUCUUUGCCGUGAUUGCCCAUGUUGGGAUGGCCGACUUUGGUCAUUACUGUGCCUACAUCCGGAAUCCUGUGGAUGGAAAAUGGUUCUGCUUCAAUGAUUCACAUGUUUGUUGGGUGACCUGGAAGGAUGUCCAGUGUACCUAUGGCAAUCACAGAUAUCGCUGGCGAGAAACUGCCUAUCUCUUGGUUUACAUGAAGACUGGAUCCUGACUGAUAUACUCACACUUUCAGAGAGGGAUAGACUCUUAUCUCUGCUCCUGCACCCAUGACUGCUGCAUUUCAAUGAGAAUCAUAAUUUAAAAACCAUAAUUAAGCCCUAUUUAUAAGCAAGAAUUAUUAUUGCUGUGGCUUGGAUGUAGUUUGUCUCCUGAAAUCUUACAUACAGAAGGCUUGGUAUUUAGGAUGGCAGUGUUUAGGAGACAGAACUUUCAAGAGACAGGGCCCACUGGGAGGUAAUCGGUUCAUGGGAUCUCUCUCUUCUGUGCACUAAUUGUUCUUUUUCUGUUUCUCUACCCUGCUGUGAUGCAAACAGGGCCCUCCAGCCUUCAAAAUUCUGAGUCAAAUAAACGUUAUUGUACAGUA